UGUAUUUGUUCUGCGCUUGCGUAAAUACAAGUUAUAAAGGUGAAGUUUAGGCUAUUUAUUGAGUAAGUAAAUUCGGAGAUUAUUAAAUUUCAACAACUUUGCAAAUUUUGAGAAACUAUUAAUUUAGGCUCAAAUCCUCAUCUCAACAGUGAAAAUACAGCAUGACAGAGAUGGGUGAAAAAAAUAAGCCAGCUGCCUUGGUCAGUCUUAGUCCUACAAUGGGAAAAAAGAAGCAGAAAGAAAGUAGUCCGGAAGUUGAAGAGUAUAUUGUUGAAAAAAUUAUCGACAAGAAAGUGACUAAUGGGCAUAUUGAAUAUUAUCUGAAAUGGAAAGGGUAUCCAGAUUCUGAGAACACGUGGGAACCGAAAGAAAAUCUUGACUGCCCGGAUCUUAUAGCUGAGUUUGAGAAAUCAUACAAAAGUAAAGACGGUGAAAAAAAUGAUGAGAAAAAAAAGAGGAAGAUCAGUGAAGAUGGUUCGAACAAUUCGACCCAAAAGAAAAAAAAGAAACCUGAAAAUGACAACAAACUCAAAGGAUUUGACAGAGGUUUAGAACCAGACAAAAUUAUUGGAGCCACAGAUUCAAGUGGGGAGCUUAUGUUUCUAAUAAAAUGGAAAGGUAGUGACGAGGCUGAUCUGGUCGCAGCAAAGCAAGCAAAUGUCAAAUGUCCUCAAGUUGUUAUUAAAUUCUACGAGGAACGACUAACUUGGCAUACAGGCACCAGUCAAGAAGAGGGUGAUGAGAAAGCAUCAAAGCAGUCUUAAAGAAAAGUGUGUUUAACUGGUGAUACAAUUGUACCAUUUGGUUACUUUAUCAGAAAUGCAUCAUUUUUAACCAUUGAGAGAAAAGCCAUUUUCUCUCUCCUACUGUACAUAUACUUUUAAGCAUCAUCUUGUUUCUGGAACAGAAUGAAAAGCUAUAAGUUAGUGGUAUCAAUGUUUUAUAACCAUACAUAGUAAUGUUUAUUUAGACCAACACAAUUCUGGAAGAGGAAGAAAAACUAAAUGGACACUAAACAUGUUCCGUCAUGGUAAAAUCUGUUUAAAUUAAGAUAAUUUUUAUAAAAAUUAGUUCAAGUGUAAAAACUAGAAAUGAUUAUAAGUUUUGUUUUAGUGUUAGUAUAACAUAAUGGGAGUCAUUUUUUAACCCAAAUAAACUAAUUUUCUUGGUACAAGUAAAUAAAAAACUAGAAUUUUCUUAUUACCAUUUACAAAAUGAUCUUACAAAUAACUAUUAAAUGAUAAGUAAAGAAUUCAGAGGUACAAGUAUUAUUCCUUAUAAAGAGGUUUGUGACAGUUGAUAAAAACAGUAAUUUUUCAUCAAAGUUUUAGUAGCUCAAAUUUAAAUGCAUUCUUAUGUGUAAAUGGACAAUAAAAUUGUGGGAAAUACAAAAAAUACACCCCUACCAAAAAUCUGUUAUCAGUUCAAAUACCAACUGCUUAUAAACCAAAUGUUAACUAUAAUUCUGUAUUUACUAAGCGAAACUACAUGAAAAGAGGCAAGCUUUUAGUAAAAUUUACAAGUCUGUUGUACACAAGAAAUCAGAUGUGUUACAAAAGUAUUUGUACUCAUGAUAUGACUGAAUUGACAAUGUCAGAGUGAAAGAUGAUGUUCAUGUGAAGAAUAAAAAUACUUUUGUCCAUUGUGUAGUUUGCAUAUUACACUUGCAGAACUUUCAAAAUGUACACCCACGUUUUUUUCAGUAUCUAUAUAUUGUGUUCUCCCCUACUAUGGACUGUCACUAAAUCAGAAAUGUUGGAUAAAAUGAAUAGUUCACAACUCUCACAUCCAAUACACAAUACCAUGUUGAAUUGCACUCAUGACAUGCACACUUUGACCCCCCCCCCCUUCUCUGCUUGAUAUCUGUAAUUUUUUAUCUUGACUUUGACUUCUCCAGACAGUUUUGAAAUGGCUACUUAAAAUGACUUUCAAGUUUGAAGUCUAACCAAAUUUGGAUGGUGUUGAUAGUGCUAAUUUUCUCUAAUCUUUGUUGUUGUAUUAUCAUUUAUAUUGCAAACUGUGAAGUUUUGUAUGAGUCACAAUUUCAGUUCAGACCAUCUUUCAGCUAUACAUACAUAUGUAUGUAUGUAUGUAUAUAUAUAUAUACACACACAAACUGUUGUUUACUUACACUAUUUAUAUGCUUUCUACAGCAUUGUGUAACAGUAUAUGAAAUAAGUAGCAUAUUAGUCUACAUUUUCCUGAGUUUCAGGUACAAAACAACAUUGCUGUGUAGGAUACAUGUAAGAUUUUGUGGUUAUGGAUUAUUUUGACAAUAUGUAGAAAAGGGUGUUUACUUUAAGCCUGAAAGUUUAAGUUACUGCAAACCUUCAAUGUAUGCUUUUUAGAGGUGUGUAUCAUUAAAAAUGUUUUUAUAUGUUUUGGUCAGAAGACUAAUAGUUGGAAGCUUUUGGUGUAAAAGUGAAAACAUUGCUACUUUUCAUACACACCAGAUCAAUUUUUUUGGCAUAGAAUACUAUGCAAUUCCAGAGACUGACAGUAAUGGAGUCACUAGUUUUCACAAAAUUCGUUACUUGUGUAAAUAACUUAAGCAUCACUACAGCAAGUUUUAACAAGCUGAUGUUAAAAAUUUGUUUUAUGGGCAAUUGUUUAUUUAAAAUAAUUUCAAUAACUGACACUUGUUCUUUUUUUUUAUGCAGAUGUGCAGUCUGCCUACUAAAUAAUUGUUUUUUUUUCAGUUGUCAUAGUGUUUUUGUUCUACCAGUAUUAACUCUGAGUGGUUAAUCUAAAAGUCUGUCAGUUGACUUGUAAUUUCUUACGAACUUAACUUUCUUAGUGUGCUUUAAUUUUUAAUUAAAUUAAUCUUUUUCUACCAAAUGAUUUCCACAAACAGUCUAGACUUACGUUAAUGUGUUGGAAAGCAAAAGUGAAUUUUUUUUUGCAUUUUAAGUUUCAUGGUGUAUGGAAACAUAUUUACUGUCCAUCAAAGUGUUGAAUGUUUUGUGGGUGUACCUAGUUUGAAAAAUAAACUUCAUUAUGCCCAGUUUAUUAAAGACUGCCAUGAAA